CAAGGCACACAUACACGGGCAUAAUUUCCGAUAGAACGCUCGCGAGUUGAUGUCGAAAUAGUUUUUUUACUCACCCCGACACGACGUUUCGCGACGUUUAUUCAACUCAGUUUCCGUGUAGAUAGUCGUGUGCAGUUUAAAGGCUAUUAUAAUAAAAUGUGCAUUUCUAAGAUGGCGAAAACAUAAUUUAUGCCCGGAGUAAACUGGUCCAGUUUCAUGAAAUCAUACAGGUGAGCAGAAACCGCAAAAUAUUUAUUGAAACGACAAUGUGCAAGGUCUUGUCUCGAGAACGACACGUCUGAUAGAGCGAAGUGGAAGAAAAGUACGAAGAAGACAGACCCCACCAAUAGUAAAUGCCAAGGAGAGAGAGAGAGAGAGAGAGAAAUUCCUAUCAAAAAUGGCUACUUGCUCACUUCCUUCCUAGACAUACCUAACUUAUCUAAAACGGGUGUAAUAGCAAGAUGAGCAACGCCACCCUCUCACAAACGUUGGCCACUGCAGGAGUGGAAGCUACCCUACCACUUAUUCAUCUAGCACAAAUAUUCUUCAGUCUUCUGACAUACCUAAGAGGAUCCUCAGACGGAUAUCCUAAACAGGCUAAUGUAUAUGAUGGUCAACAAUUCGACUUUAUCAUUGUUGGUGCUGGAUCUGCUGGUUGUGUGCUUGCUAACAGAUUGACUGAGAUAUCCAAUUGGACUGUACUUUUGGUUGAAGCUGGUGGUGAUCCUGAUUUGACUUCUGAAAUCCCAGGCUUAUAUCCCAUAGCGGAUCAUUCCAAAAUAGACUGGGGUUAUUAUUCGGAAAACGAUGGCUAUUCUGGACAGGCACAUCCAACUAAGACUGUUCGAUUACCAAGAGGUAAAAUGGUGUCAGGAUCUAGCGGCAACAACUACUUGUUUUAUGUCAGAGGAAACAAAGCUGAUUAUGAGAAUUGGGUCGAUCUUGGCAAUGCUGGCUGGGAUUGGAAAACUGUUCUUCAUUACUUUAAGAAAAGUGAGCGUUUAAAUAAUAUGCCAAUCUCUAAAAGCGACUCAGCUAAGUUGCACGGAUAUGACGGCCCUCUAGGAGUAACUUUUCCAGACUGGUGGUCACAAACCAAAAAUUUCUUAAAUUCCUUUAAAGAAAUGGGACACAAAAUAAUACUAGAUUACAAUGGGCAUGAUCAGUUUGGAUAUUCUUUCCCCCAAUUUACCAUUGACAAUAAUGUGAGACAGAGCACCGGUGAAACAUUCAUAAAAGCAGCUAAGAAUCGCUCGAAUUUAUAUUUGUUGAAGAACACUUUGGCACGGAAGGUUAUAUUUAAAAAUAAAGUUGCAAUCGGAGUUGAAGUUCAAUUACCAGAUAAAACAAUCAUAAUAGUGAAAGCUACAAAAGAAAUAAUAUUAUCUGCAGGUGCUCUAAAUACACCUCAGUUACUAAUGUUAUCUGGAGUAGGGCCAAAAGAUCAUUUAAAAGAAAUGGGAAUAAAAGUUGUUUUAAAUUCACCCAACGUAGGAAAAAACAUGAAAGACCAUGUGAUGCCACCUAUAGCAUUUACUGGAAAGAAGAGUGUAUCUUCUAUUACCCAGAAUAUUGGGAUUAUUACUGGUUUAAAUUAUUAUCCUGUAAGUAUGAUUGGGCAUGUAGCCCUGAAUAAGUCGCAAGAUUAUCCAGACUAUCAAGCUUGUGCAUACCCUCUUCCAGCCUCAGCAUGGAGUUUACCAGUUCUUUGCGGAUAUAUAUUUAAAUUAGAAGACCAUAUGUGCGAAGCUUUGGUGAAAGCUGGUCAACUGCGAGAAACAUUAUUCACGUAUAUUCCUCUCUUACAUCCAGAGUCAGUAGGUGAAGUAAAAUUGAGGAGUAAUGACCCUGAAGAUAGUCCUAUGAUUUAUACAGGAUAUUAUUCCAAUCCAAAUGAUUUAGAUAAACACGCUCGAAGUGUAGUAGACUUCGUGAAAAUUGUCAAUACUACUUACUUCAGGAGUAUUAACUCUGAGAUUAUAGAUUUGAAGGUGACACAAUGUGAUCAUUUGGAGCUAUGGAGUUUUGAAUAUUGGAAAUGUUAUAUUCUGAAUACUGCUACAACAGUCUACCACUUCAGUAGUACUUGUGCAAUGGGACCACAAGGAAAAGGAGUUGUAGAUGAAAGAUUGAGAGUAAGAGGCCUCCAGGGUUUGAGAGUAAUAGACGCAAGUAUCAUGCCAGACAUUCCAGGAGGUAAUACUAAUGCCCCAGUAAUAAUGAUUGGAGAAAAAGGAGCCGAUAUGAUCAAAGAAGAUCAUGGGUGUAAAACAAAUUAUAGAAGAAACUAUUCUUAAACAACUCUCAUGUGCUUUUUUUAAUGAAAUACUUAACUUUACUUAACUUUAAGAAUAUUUUUUUUUAUUUAUACUGAAAAAAAAGAAAAAGAAUAAGGUUAUAUUUUAUUUAAUUUCUUGUCAAAACGCUCAGUUUUGUUCAUGCAAUAAUUGAACUAAGUAAUUAAGAUAAUGCUUAGGAUACCGGAAUUUACAUAAUAGCUACUACAAAUACGCAUGCCCAUGUUUGAACGUACUAAAAAGGAAAUAAUUUGCCACGAGCACAAUUUACGCAGCAAAAUUGAGGUCUAAUAAAAGGAAAAACAUGUCGUUUGAAAGACCAAUAUAAAAAGCAACUUUCUUUUGCGUCGACGUUUUUCGAGCGUUGAUAAAUUGUCAUUUUCCGACGUCAUAAUGUACAGCGCCUUACAAUGUUAUUAGGAGCAUGCAAAACAUACACGUAGUUAUGGAAGGCUUUAUUAAGAUUAGGCGACGUCUGUAUCGAACAAAUCAAUCAUUUGAUAAAUGACAUUCUCGAGAAAGAAGUCUGGAAAAUAUAUUGUGCUUUUAUAUAUGGUACACAAUAUUUAUAAUAAAAUUAUGAUGAUUACUUUCUUUAUUGUAAAGAAAUGAAUUAGUUAUUUGUGAGCGUAGGUUAUUGAACUGAAAAAUAAGAUCAUUAUUUUCCUAAACUGAUUUGUAUUCAUAUAUUUCGGAAAGUAAUUGGUUAUAGAAGUAUUUGUAAAUUGAGUGUAGGUUUUUGCCUACUUAAUCUUUGAAAAUAUUCUGUGGAAA